AUGACACCGAACCCCCCUCCUAUCUUCGAGCCCUACACGCUCACCCCCUUCGAUUAUCUCCCUCCCCCACUGCACAUGACAGCCUUUUUGACCUUCAUUCUUGACAAUCCUGCGCGGGCCAUCCCAGUCCUUGAAGCUGCCGUAGAGAGACUCAUCAAUGAGCUGCCCUUCCUGACAGGCAAUGUGGUUCUCUCCUCCUCCUCCUCCUCCCCAAUCCCUGGCCGACAGAAUGUACGGGAGGUCCAACCCUCCACUGCAGCCAUGCUGGAUCAGCAUCCAAUGCUCGUUAUCAAGCAUCACCCCCGCAAAUACAUCUCUGGUCCGGCGAGAGCCUCGCCCGUCCGCAGCAGAGGCCAAAUUAUCAACUACGACGAGAUCUUCACGGAGGAAUAUCUCCCCCUCCCGCUGGACAUGGGCUCCGCCCCAGCCAGCCCGGUGUAUCGCUUCCAAGCCAACAUUCUCGAGGAUGGAAUCAUCCUCUGCGGCAGCGCACACCAUAAUGCCGUCGACGGAAUGGGCCAAUGCUUUGUCCUCGAAGCCCUAGCUACCUGCAGUCGCGAGGUCGACAUCGCCAACACCACCAUCACCACCACCACCACCAACCUUCUCACCACCCUUGAGCAGGAGAAACAAACCCGCGACCUUAUCCUCCAAGUCGCCAGCGCCGGCCCUGUUCAGACCCUGGAUGGCCAAUCCGCCGGGCAAACCUGGGGCGUCGCCGCUCCCCCCGACGUACCCAACCACCCCAUCAGCCGCAAGCUCAUCUUCUCGCCGCACCGAAUCUCCCAACUCAAGACCCUUUGCAGCGCUCACCUCCCCACCGCCACCUCGGAGGGAGGGGCGCAGGCAAAAGACCGGAUCCUCUCGCGCAACGACCUCGUUCUGAGUCUCACCUGGCUCUGUGUGAUGCGCGCCCGCGCCCGACUCCUCGGCCCUGCGGCGGAGAAACACCACUCCAGCCUCAGCACCGCCAUCGACGUGCGCGCUGCCCUGCGCCCUCCGCUCCCACGCACGUACAUCGGCAAUGCAGUGCACACCAUCCCUCUCCACGCCCCCUUCCCCAUGGCCGCCACCAGCCAGCGCGCACCGUUGGAGACGACGGUGCUGACCAACCUCACGCAGCUAGCCCUCCUCAUCCGCCGCGGCAACGCCUCAGUGGACAACGACUACCUACGUCAGCAUCUCGCGCAGGUCUACAACUCCCCAGACUGGUCAGUGAGCGCGGCCUCGCGACCCGCCGAAUUCGGCCAGAGCAGUCUGCGCAGUAUCGGGACGUAUCGUCUGGAUUUCGGGAGUGUGCUGGGCCGGGUGCGCGAUUUCGAUGUCCCGGAUCCCCGGUUCCGCAGCGCAGCGUGGAUCCUGCCGGCGAGGGGCAAGGAUGCGCCCUGGGAGGUGCGGUUGGUCUUGGAGCCCGAAGCGUUGGCCUUGGUCGAAAGGGAUCCGGUGGUGAGGUGGGCGGUUGGGGGCGAGGAGGCGAGAUUGUGA